CUACUCCAUGGAUUUAUUUCUAUUUGCGAUUUAGUUAGUAGUCGUCAGUCGUAGAAGACGCACGCGUACGUGUUCUUCUGUUAAACUCUAUCAAUACAAAUUUACUAUUUUUAACUUUUUUUUGUUGAUUGUUGAACAAAGCAACAAAAUGCCAGCACUCGAAGUAAAUCCUGAUUUACAGAAGGAACGCAAUACCGCGACCUUUGACCCCCAGGAGUUUUCUAUCUAUUGGGCAGGCGGACAAGAUAAAUACAAAGAGAAGAAAGCCUUGGAGAAAAUGUUUCUGGAAGAUCCCGCCUUGAAUGAUAAUCUGCCCAUAUCAUACUUAUCCCACAAGGAGCUCUAUGAAAACAGUGUGCGGAAGGCGUGUCUCAUUGGCGAGAAGAUCCGCCAAUUGCGCGCCGAUGGCGAGGAUGGUGUGGACACCUACAAUGCUUUGCUCGGAGGCUCUUUGGGUGCAGCUUUACUUAAGGAGGGCAAUCCCAUUGCGCUGCACUAUGUCAUGUUUGUGCCAACAAUUAUGGGACAGGGCACCAUGGACCAGCAGGUGGAGUGGCUGCCAAAGGCUUGGGACUGUGAAAUUAUUGGCACCUACGCACAAACCGAGCUGGGACACGGCACCUUCCUGCGUGGCCUGGAGACGCGUGCCGACUACGAUGAAAGGACACAGGAGUUUGUAAUCAACACGCCCUCACUAAGCGCCUACAAGUGGUGGCCAGGCGGUUUGGGACACACGGCAAAUCAUGCGGUUGUCGUGGCACAGCUGUACACCAAGGGCGAGUUCCGUGGAUUGGCACCAUUUAUAGUGCAGCUAAGGGAUUCGGAUACUCAUCAGCCAAUGCCCGGCAUUGAUAUUGGCGACAUUGGUACCAAGCUUGGCAUGAAAGCCGUCAACAAUGGUUAUCUGGGACUGAAGAAUGUGCGCGUGCCACUAAACAAUAUGUUGAUGAAGAACCAACAGGUGCUGCCGGACGGCACCUAUGUGGCGCCCAAGAACAGUGUCCUUACCUACGGUACAAUGAUGUUUGUGCGCUGUGCCCUAAUUCGAGACACCGCUCAGAGCUUGGCCAAGGCGUCCACGAUUGCGACACGUUACUCAGCGGUGCGUCGCCAGAGUCCCAUUGAACCCAGUCAGCCGGAACCACAGAUUAUGGAGCAUACCACACAGCAACUUAAGCUAUUCCCGCAGAUAGCCAAGGCCAUAGUUUUCAAGUCAACUGGUGAUGGCAUUUGGAACAUGUACAACGUUCUUUCUGGUGAAAUUGAGUUGGGACACUUGGAUCGUCUGCCCGAGAUGCACGCUCUCUCCUGUUGCUUGAAGGCCAUUUGCAGUGCCGAUGCAGCCGCUGGCGUGGAGACCUGUCGCCUCUCAUGUGGUGGUCAUGGCUUCAUGGACUGCUCAAACUUUCCAACCAUUUAUGGCAUGACGACGGCUGUGUGCACAUACGAGGGUGAGAACACGGUAAUGUUGCUGCAGACGGCACGUUAUCUGGUCAAGGUCUACGGCCAGGCACUGAACGGGGAGCAACUGGUGCCCACUGUAGCGUAUAUCAACGAGUCAAUCAAGCAAAAGGAGUUUGUGAAUUUCGAUGGAUCCUUGGAGUCGAUUGUCAAAGCAUUCCAGUUUGUGGCUGCCAACAAAGUGCGUGUCGCUUAUGAGCAGAUCGAACUGCGUCGGAGACAAGGUCACAGCACGGAGAUGGCGGCCAAUCUCAGUGGAGCCUUUCUAACUGGUGCUGCAGACUUACAUGGUCGCGCAUUUUUGGCCCAAUCCGCAUUCACAGAGCUUUCAGAGGUUUCCCGACAAGUGUCUCCCGCCUUGGCUGAUGUACUCAAGGUGGUGCUAGAACUCUACCUGGUCGAUGCCUGCCUUAAUCGCAUUGGUGACUUCUUGCGCUUCAUUGAACUAACUGAUAAGGAUGUUACCAAUUUGGAGAUGCGUCUAGAGAGCUGCUUGAAGAGAUUGCGACCAAAUGCCGUCGCUCUGGUCGACAGUUUUGAUUUGCAUGACCGCGUUUUGGACUCGGCUCUGGGUGCAUACGAUGGCAAUGUCUAUGAGCACAUAUUUGAGUCGACGAAGAAGAAUCCGCUUAACAAGGAACCGGUUAAUGCUGCAUUCCACAAAUAUCUGAAACCCUUCAUGAAAGCCAAUUUGUAAUAGUAUUACCAAUAAUUUUCAAUUGAAGGGUAUUUUGUUAAAUGCAUGUUAUGUCAUGUUUGUAUAUAUCAUAAACGUUGUUCGUUAAUUUUAUACCAUU